GGAGUACCAGGCGUCAAAGGAGUUAAAGGACCUGCAGGGAAGGCAGGUCCACGUGAGGACAAAGGUGAAGCAGGUUCAGCUGGUUCCCCUGGAAACAAGGGUGAUACAGGUGCUCGCGGAAGUCAAGGUUCCCCAGGUCCCAAGGGUGCUCCAGGAUCGUUUGUUCGUAAUUGGAAACAGUGCGUUUUUAAGAAUCUGAACGAUGACAGAGACUCCGGAUUGAUCAAGGUAACAACUGAGUUGGUCGUUCUAGAUUAUAUAAAUUAAUCCGAAGCAAAUUAAUAAGUCUGGUUAUGACCGAUUCAAAAACUCAUUGUUCAUUUAUGGUUUGAACUGCUUGCCAACUGCUACCUGAGUAAGUUCUUGCCCUAUCUUGGCUUUAAUAGUUGCUUCCAGUCCCCUAUUAAAUAUUUUAAAAAACUCAUAUUUUAAAUAAUUCAUAAAGAAAAAAAAACAAAAGAAACUAAUGUUUAUGAGUGUCUUUAUAUCUGAUAAAAACACGGCUAAACUUUGUCCAAUUUCUUAGACCAAAAUGACCCCAAAUCUAAAUGUUAGUGCAAGAGUAAAGAAUCUAUAUCAGAGAUUUUGAAGCCGUUCAAAAAACUCGCAGUCGUGUAUUUUCAGGUUAAUGUUUAAAACUCGAGGCGAGUCAUUUGAGAAAAGAAAAAUGCGUGUUUUGGAACUUGUGCGAGCUAUCCAUGGAAUAAUACAAAAUGCAGGGAAAAGGUCCAAUUUAUCAGUUUAAGAUAUACGUAUAUUAUAUGUCUGAAUUUGAGUGAAUUUCGCAGGGGCAUAGGGCCCUUAACGCAGAUACGCACUUGCGUACUUGAGAAAUUGGUAGGAUUUUUUUUUAUAGAUUUUCUGUUAUAAUUAAAAGUCAUUUGUAGCGUCGUAGCUUGACUUUGUAUUGUGCAGAUUUGUUUCUGUCUGUCUCGUUGUUAUUUCGCAUCGUUUUUACACGGUAAAUACAACAGUUUGAGAAGUGGAAUGAGAUAAUUCGAAACAUUCUUGAAAUGUUUGCCUCCAGGCGAUCCCACAAUACAUUGCGUAUUCAUGAAAAACGGAAAAGAAUUUCGGUUCACCUCCCUUAUCUUUCUUUUUUUGGCCAUUUUAAAGGAAUGCAUUUUCAAGAAAACAUCCGAUACCACAGGGUUGCGAGUCUUCUGGAAUGGCAAUCUUCGUCUCUCUGGCUGCCAUCAUUGCUGCAGACGAUGGUAUUUCACCCUCAACGGUGCAGAGUGUUCAACACCAGGUGCCAUUGACGGUGUAGUCUACAUGAUAAAUGGCGCGAAAAAGAACUUACACCGUCCACGUCACAUUGAAGGAGUCUGUGAGAAAAUCCGCAAGGGUACUGUUCGCGUGGGAUUCUGGGUCGGCAAUUGUGCUGGUUACGGAUCUGCUAAUGCUUACACAGGCUGGAACUCAGUAUCCCGGAUAUACGUGGAAGAAGUACCUCCCCCACAGGCUUAA